AUGGCUUCCGGUGGUGUGUGCGCCGUGCUCGACUACGAAAUUGACCAAAUGACGGAGUAUGUUGCUGAGAUGGCUCAACGAAUCGUCCUACCGACUUCUCCUGUCUCUCCAGCAUUCCGCAAGUUCGUCUCUGGCUUGCUCUCCUCGACUCGACUCCCAAGCACGACCAUCUUGCUCGGUAUGAACUACCUCGCGCGACGCAUGAACAUACUGAAUGCCGCUGGUGGACUCACAAAGUCGUCCGAUGGCAAUGUCUGGCGUAUGCUCACCAUCGGUCUUCUGCUGGGUAGCAAGUUCUUGGACGACAACACGUUCCAGAAUCGCUCCUGGUCCGAGGCAAUGGGAUGGAGCUUGUAUGUCAAUCUGGAAACAAGUGAUGACUUUCAAGCAUGGCUGCAGAGCUGGGCAGAGUGGCGUGAAACCAAGAACAUGCAACGCAAGGCUACUCUUGAGCGUCUUGCACCCAUGCCUCUUGCACCGAUCGAUACCAACGUUCAACGACCACGCCAAUACUCGCACAACUACAACGGUUACAUCAAGACUGCUUCGCACGAGCGUCCCGAGUCUGGCUACCAAUCUGCCUACGAUCAGACUGCUUGGAUCAACAACUCGUAUCCUACUCCCCACCUCACACCUCCCUCCGCCCCUGACUCUGGUCUCAACACCCCCGAGUACAUGAGCGCGACAGGUGGACCUUCCCGAUACAACGACUGGUCUGUCUUCAACUCUGCUGCGAGAGCUGCGUAUCAACCACAAACCUAUGCUACUUACAUUCCUUCCCACCAUCUUGCUGGCUACCAUACUCCCUUCAUCUACCACAACGGUUAUGCAAACCCGAGCAUCUGGGACCACGUACCUCAGGAGUGUGGCUGCCACGAAUGCCACCCUUAUGCUAAGCAACAGCACUUCAUGGGACACGGAUACCACCAACAGAUUCUCGCAUAG